AUGGCGAUUCUGGAAAGCGAAAAGCGCCCCCGAGGUCUCCGAGUCCCCUCGUUGUCUUCCAUCAAGUCAUUUGGAAAAAAGAGUUCUGAAGCGUCUCAGCAACAACAGCACCAGCCGAAGAUGGAUUCUCUACCAGAGGCACUCCCUCCUCCCCCUCCGGAUAAACAACUGCCUUCCGUGCCUACCUCCGUGUCUCCUCAAGCAGCGCCUGCACCCGUAGCAGCGCCUACGCCCAUGCGGUUGCCUGCGGCUUCAGCAACGGACUUGAGCUUUUCGCUCGACACCGUGCCCAUGUCUGACUUUGGGACUGAUCGGUAUCCCAUGCCGGGUCUGGGUGCCAACCGCAGCACUCCAAACAUCAGCAACGUAAAUGGCAACGGUAUUGGCCACAGCAACGGCAACGGCGGUCUUGCGGUUCCACCACCACCCGUCCAGCGAACAAGUGACGGAGAGCCCUUGGAGGAGUACAUCCCAGAGCCCGAGCCCGAGCCCGAGCCCGAAUCCAUCGAUCGGAUGUACGCAGAUAUCUCUCCGGGAUUGGAACCGGUGCCUGACGUAGAACACGCAGAUAUGGAUGAUUUCUGGACACCCCCAGGUUACGAGCCCGUCGCGGCGCCGUUAACAAAACUGCAUUUCGCCUGCUAUCAGGAACACAAGUCGAUGCCUCCUGCGGCGAAUGUCUGGCAUGCACUGCCGUGUAUGACUUGUCAAAAGUUCGAUCGGGAGGUCCGUCAUCGGUGUGUGUUUUGUUGUCUUCGGAUUUGCGAGGGUUGUUAUCAGAAUUUGCAGAAGUGUUCGAGGAGAUCGUUGGAUGAAUUGUUGGGUAUGAUUCAGAGUUGA